ACUGAUACCGUUUGUGGAACACUUUCAAAGCAUGGCUCACCCACAACAAGCCGCUUUUCAACGCCGUCAGAAUAAAAGUUGCGACCAAUGUCGAGCUGGCAAGCGUCGUUGCGACGUCAACCUUCAGCACAUCCCCGAAGCCGAACUCUCCGAUCUUUCGCCCAGCAAUCUCCACCAAAAUUCGACGCUUUUCUCCCCUUCGCCUUGCACGAACUGUAAGAAAUGGAAAAAAUGGUGCACAAUAGAUUGGGUCAUAUCACAUCAAAACAGUCAGAGAGCGCCGUCGAGACGCGAGCGAGGAUCGAAGAGAUUGCCCAGCAUAUCUUCCGAAUCGGUCAAUGAAAGAUUAUGGCAUGAAUGGCCUCUGGAUACACCAAUCCUGAAUGCAACAGUUGUGGACCACAACUUUGUCAGUCUUUCAGCACCAAAUGACACUUCAACUCUACCAGAUUGCCUGAAUACGAGCCCAUCGCUUGCCAGCUUCCAUGAUAUCUUUGCCUUCCGGCAGGACGACAACUUUGUUUGCACAGACGCACAGAACUAUCAAUAUGUGCCUGAAAUUCCAAUCAAUGUCGAUCCGCAAGGACAGCCAUAUGGAAGUGGCGAGUUUGCACUUCCAUCCAUGGUUGGUCAGGAAUAUAUUGCUGGCUCGCAGUUAUCCCCGCCAGUCACCUUCCAAGAGCCGAGCUCCUGGGAUCUCCGGACGACCGACCUCGAUCUUUUUUCUGAUGAAGAAGAGCACGACUCAAUACUACAGCGACGACGAGCCUCAAAUCGGUACUUUGGCCGUUCGGUCAACACAAGUGCAUCGCCUUUCGAUUCGGGUAAUCUAGCAGAAGCUCACAAUCGGUAUGAUAUCAGGAAGGGUUUGCUCAAGAUUUACCAUGAUUCCCUCGAGGGCGCAUUGAGCUGUUGGUUGAUUGAACGAAAUUGUCCAUACGCCUCUAGCGCCUUUGUUGACAAGAGUGAUGUGUGGAGUUCGAACUGGUCUAACAGGAUGAUGGCUCGGAUACGUGCUUUGGACAAGACCUACUCAAGUCUGGGCCUUGUUUCUAGGAGUGACCAGAAGCAGUCGUCGAAGGUUCUUAGCCUCAUAAUCAUGGCCUUCGCCGUACAAUGGGCUCAGACUGCAUAUGGGAAGCACGAAGAUCUGAGGGCGCAACUUCCCGAACAUGGACUUUUUGGACGCAACAUGCAGAAAACGCUAUGGCAUGAAGCCAACCUGGCUCUGGGGCAGGCUUCCAGCAAUCCAUCCUUUAAAGUGAUUUUUGCUGGCAUCAUAUUCUCACUCACCCAACGUCCAAUGGAGUCUGCAGAAAGCCUAUUUGACCCAGAGAAACAACGCAGCAGCAAUUCAAUCUCGUUGAGAAAGAUUCUCAAUGAUGAUGGUGGGCCAAUCUUCCUCGACGUCGCCGUUCGCAAACUGCAUGAUCAUCGGAGAAGGCUCAAAGAUGCCAAAUGCUCCUAUCUUAACAACUCACUGGCACAAGAUGCUACCAUUGUCUUGGCCGAACAGGACAAGGAAACAUUUGAGCUUACAUUUUGGUUGGCCAUCAUGUUCGACACUAUUUCCGCAGCCAUGAACCGUCGCUCCUUCACGUUGGACGAUCGUGAGACUCGUAUUGAUGACGACGAGCAUCGCUCAAGGGGGCCGCCCUGUGACAAUGCAUUCACCUGUGACUUGGAUGCUUUUACAGGCUUCUACGACAAGACCGCUUCAGACCUUGUUGAGGAGUCCCAGAUAUGGGGUGACUACUUUCUGCGACAACAGUCUCGGAUUGGAGAAAUGCGUAAGCAGACAGUGCGUUGGCCGUGCUCUUAUGAUGACGCUGCGGCAUGCCUGGCGGAUGCAGCUCCUGUCAAAGUACUGGUGUUCCGUAGACUCGGGCAUCUCCAAGAUCUUUUCUACCAGCGAGCGCCAGCCGAGGACAUCGAAACGGCCAUCACCGCCACGUUGGAGGUUUACAAUCAUUGGGAGAAUACAUACGGACUUUUCAUUGCCGAUUGUAUCGCCCACCAUGAGUAUUUGCCAGCCCGUAUUCAAUCAUGGUACAUACUUCUGGCAAGCCACUGGCAUUUGGCUAUCUUCUUGCUUGCGGACCUCGUAGAGAAGUUGGACGAUCUCAACAUGUGCUUGCCGGCAAAUCGGACAGCCAGGCAGACUACAGAUUUCGUUGCUACUCUACGAGUCCGCUCAGCAAUCACGGUGUCCGACCUUGGUCGUUGCUCCCGAUUUCGCAAUCGCGAGGACUUAUCGUUCUCGCAGUCCCCGUUCUUUCAUCAUGCCGUGAACAAGGCGGCACUGCUUACGGAACCUUGGACGGUGGUUCUUGUGCGUUCUUUUGCGUAUGCAGGAGAGCAGCUCCUUAAAUUGGUGCUACCACGUCGAGGUGUUGAACCUAUGUUGGAGUUCUGUAAUAUAUUGGAAGGAAAAAAUCGUUUGAUUGAUUGUAUUCAAGCGCUAUGGCUACUGGGCAGGAAAAGUGAUAUGGCAUUAUGCGCUGCAAAAGUUCUGCAGGGAGCAUUUGACCAGGGCGUGAGCUGGAGCUAAUUUUGAGGGAAAAGCCAUACACAAAACGAUCGGCCCCUGUUGGGCUGUUAAUUGAUGCUUAAUCGAUGGAAUGUUUCCGCUUCUACCACUCAAUCAUUACAAACUCUAGGUUUAUAUUGAUGAAUUAAUA